AUACAGCCAGACGGUAAAGAAAGCCCCGCCGGGCCAGGCCUGUGCCGGCCGUCGGUCAGCGGAUGGCUCCGCUCCUGGCCCCCGCCGGCGAGGCCGAGCCCCUUACGCCAUGCACCUCAGGCCGGAGGGAGGGACAGGCGGGCAGGGCGGGGGGCGCGCAGCCGCCUAACGGUCAGCGUUUCAAACGCUCCCGCGCGAGCUGCCCGCGGACCCUCCGCCCGCUGCCCCCGCCCGUGGGGCGGGGCCGCCGGGGAGAAAGCGCGCGGCCGGGCGGAGAAGGCCCAUUGGCUCACGUCCGCGGGCUUGACGCAUUGGCGCAGCCCGGGCCGGUCGCUGCCCCUCCCCUUCUCUCGGCGCGCGCAGAGGAUGCACCGCAUCACUGGCCGUUAGUGCGCAAGUGGAUUGGCUGCCCGCCGCGUCUGUCACCGGCGAACUCCGGGCCUUUUGCCGACGCGCGGCGGAGGUCGCGCCCUCUGAUUAGUCGCCGCGCUCGUCGAUCGCGGUCGGAGCCCCGCCCCGAGAGGUGAGUCGCGGACGGCCCCGGCGACGCGCUCCCAUUGGCUGCGGCGGCGUGGGGGGCGUGCGCGGCGGCGGCCGGGUGGGCGGGGCUCCCAGCGUCCCCUUUGUGUGGGCACCAGUCGCCGGCCGAGCUCUGUAGAAGUAGCAGCCGCCAUUUUGUGCGUGCCUGUGUUUUCCCCCACCCCCACCCCCCUUUCUGCGGGAGCGGCGGCGGCAGCCGGGACGCCCCGUCUCUUCUGCUGGUCAGGUGAGGCGAAGCGAAGGCGUUGGGCCAGGCCGAGGGAGCCAUCGCCGGCGGCUGCCGCAGCCGUGAGGUCGCGCUGUUCGCAGCAAGCGAGGGGGAAGAAGCGGCAAGACGGAGAAGGGGGGGAAAAAACCUUCGGAGCUGCCCCCCAACAGGAGGAGGAGUCUCGGCGCCAGGCCCAGGCGCAGCCCCGGCACCGGCGGCAGCAUGGAGAACUCGCAGCUAUGCAAGCUGUUCAUCGGCGGCCUGAAUGUGCAGACCACGGAGGCCGGGCUGCGGGAGCACUUCGCGGCCUACGGUACCCUCACCGACUGCGUGGUCGUGCUCAACCCGCAGACCAAGCGCUCCCGCUGCUUCGGCUUCGUCACCUAUUCGGCGGUGGAGGAGGCCGACGCCGCCAUGGCCGCCUCCCCCCACGCCGUGGACGGGAACGCGGUGGAGCUGAAGCGGGCCGUGUCCCGGGAGGACUCGGCCAAACCGGGCGCCCACGCUAAGGUGAAGAAGCUCUUUGUGGGCGGCCUCAAAGGGGACGUAGGCGAAGGGGACCUGGUGCAGCAUUUCAGCCAGUUCGGCCCCGUGGAGAAGGCCGAGAUCAUCGCCGACAAACAGAGCGGGAAAAAGCGCGGGUUCGGCUUCGUCUAUUUCCAGAACCACGACGCCGCCGACAAGGCGGCCGUGGUCAAGUUCCACCCGAUCCAGGGCCACCGCGUGGAGGUCAAGAAGGCCGUGCCCAAGGAGGACAUCCAGUCGGGCGGGGGAGGCGGCGGCUCUUCCAGGCCCUCCCGGGGAGGCAGAGGAGGAGGAAGGGGUCGGGGCGGCGGAUCCGGCAACCGGGAUCACAACGGUCUUUCUAAAGGAGGCGGCGGUUACAAUAGCUACGGCGGCUACGGUGGAGGAGGCGGCGGCGGCGGCGGUUACGGCUCCUAUGGCAGCGGCUCCUACGGAGGCGGCGGCGGAGGGGGAGGCGGCGACUACGGCAACGGGUACGGCGGGUUCGGCAGCUACAGCCAGCAUCAGUCCUCCUACGGCCCCAUGAAGAGCGGCGGAGGAGGUGGAGGAGGGGGCGGCAGCUGGGGGGGCCGCAGUAACAGUGGACCGUACAGAGGAGGCUAUGGUGGGGGAGGCUACGGGGGCGGCUCUUUCUGAGCUGGAGCGCCCAUACCCAUUGGGGGUGGCGUGGAGAGCCCUCCCUUUGAUACGGGGCAGCUUCUAAAUGGUUUCUCCCCUCAUUCGCCGAAGGGCAGCUCCUUUUAAAUGCCUCCCUGCUGUGGGAGCAGCUCCUAAAUGCCCCCUGGGGGUCGCCUCUGCUGCCUGUGCCACUUCUUUCUCUCUGAAGAUGGACUGGGCCCCACAUACACAUACUUUGUGUUACAGUCAUUGAUGGACUCUAUUUUUUUAUUAUUACUUGGACCUUGGUCGUUUUUAUACUAGCAACGAAAAAUGUCUUGUUUUAAUUUGUUUUUUUGGGGUACGGGGUGGGAAGUGUCUUGCUGAUCUGGAGUAAAAACUGGGGAGGGUUAUGGGGGAAUUUCCUUUGUUGUAAGGACUCGAUACCUGGCUACUACAUUUUUUUCUACAAAAUCUACUCGGAUCCCAUGACUGAAAUUAACAUUUCUGUAAAGGAGGAAAAAAAUCGUUUUUACGUUUUUUAUUUUUUAAAUAAAUCAUUGUGUUCAUUGA